CCCUCUGUGUCAAACAUGGCUGUGCUUUUGAAGAAAGAAAAAUGCUGAAUUGUGCUGCAGAAUUUCGCCAAAAGAGGAAACCAUGGCUAGACUGGCUGAUUAUUUCAUAGUGGUGGGAUACGACCAGGACAAGUCUGGGUCUGGUGAAGGAUGUGGCAAGAUCAUUCAGCGCUUCCCCAAAAAGGACUGGGAUGGCACGGUAUUUCCCCAGGGUGUGGAGAUGUUCUGCCAGCCUGGUGGAUGGAGACUGUCCCGUGAGAGGAAGCUCCCGACAUUCUUCACAGUGGUGCUGACAGACAUAGACUCAGAACGACACUUCUGCUCCUGUCUGACCUUCUUUGAGGCAGAGGUCAACCUUCAGGGCUCAAAGACGCUGGAGGCAGAUGGGGAUGUAGCUGAGGAUGUGGAUGAGGAAGAGGAUGGUUUGAUCCAGCCAGCUCAAAUCUUUGCACCCAAAAGUUUGAUUCUUGUCUCCAGGCUGGAUUACCCAGAAAUAUUUAGGGGCUGCUUGGGACUGAUCUACACCGUAUACAUCGACAGUCUGAGCUUCCCUCUGGAAGGGCUGGUGGCAAACCUCUUCACAUGCUUGGUCCCAUUGGGUGGAGGUUCCCAGAAGCUCUUUUCACUGGGAGCAGGGGACCGGCAGCUCAUCCAGACCCCACUCAAUGACACUCUGCCAGUCAGCGGUAAAAGUGUAGCGCUCCUCUUCCAGCAGUUAG